GCCAGCUGGUUGGCCUGUUCGCGCCAGCCAGCCAAAGAAACACUCUGGAGAUGUCGUGUCAACCGAUGAGAAAAUUAAUUACAUUUAUAUGUAUGAUAGCUAUUGUAUCACAUUUCAACUUAAGAAUAUGCAGCUCGCAAACUGACCUCGUUGAGUUUGCCGAGGAAGAAAACGCGACUGACGUUAACGGAGGGAAAGGAAAGAGCCCAAGAGUCAGCACCGAAGAUGAAACGGGCAACUUUAGUCGUCGAAACUUCAUUCAUUGCGGUCCAAGUCUCCCAUUUGCAAAAAACAAUUGUUCAGAACAAAGUGAACGGUCAUCUUUACUCACUGACAGUGCUGUUCCCCUUCGCAGUCUUCCGGCGGAAUUGUAUAAAACACUUGCAUCAAGUCCUACGGAUUUGCCCAAGGUCUGGAAAUUUGGUCAAGCUGGUGUGCUAAAAAGACCGGUCGAUGUCGAGGAAGGUUAUCAGCCUGAGUUUCAAGCCUAUGCAGGUUUGGAGGGAUAUGUUGUCCAAGGAAAGAUGUCAGGUUCAUCAGUUGAAGCGGAUCGUCACCUAUCUGCAUGGCAGGCAAUGAGGCCCUCUGUACAGUGCAAGAUCAACUUCAUGACCUUGACUGUAACUGGGCGAGGAUACAUAAACCUGUUGGUGGAUAGAGUGGAUGCACUCCCCAUCUCUCUGUUACAACUCCCUCCACAUUGUGGCUACUUGGUGAAGACCACAUGCGAGGAUCUACAAUUGUUGGCGCCAUAUGAAAGCUGUUACAUCACCAAACAGAAUGGUCGCUAUGUCCUGCCCUUGCUGUGGUGGGGGAGCCCAGUGCAGUUCUCCUGUCCCUCUCCUCCCCAGCCUGCCUUCCCAAGUAUUCCCCUCACUGUUCGCUGCGCCGACUUUGGCAUGACGAUUCAUAUACCUGGAGGGAAGAAGGCCAUGUCUACUCCAGGGGUCAAAGUGAAUGGAGUGUGGGAUCCCUUGGUGUCAGAUGAGUGUGCUCACCAUAUCGACUUCCAGCCAGAAGACCUCUUCCUCUACUGUCCCUUUACAGCUCUGUGCCUCACCCACCAAAAUGGAGCACAUCUACAUUUGCUGAUCGACGGACUGGAAUACCUCCUCUCCUGUCCACCUCUCCUUUCAGUGCCACCGCUCUUGCCCUAUCCUCCAUUUUCCCAGCCCCUCUCUCCAGACCCAGUCACCCCUGGGCCCCUUCCCAUCCCUCCUCCCUCCAGCACCUCAGACCCAGGCCGGUUGUUUGCUGAGCACGUCCAGUUACUCCCCUUCCACCACCCUAAUAUGGGGACCCUCUCACCUUUAAACUUCAUUUUCCUUUACCCCCCACCUACCCCUCCUCCAGGUACCCAGAGCGCCCUUCCUGCCACACAGUCCACCAAACCACCACCCACGCUUUUGGACAAACCCCACCAUUCUCGAGUCUCCUGCCCUCCCAACUGUAUAUACCCCUACCAUGUGCCAGUCCAUUACCCCUUCUUCCUAUCGCAAGAUUCCGAUAAGCCCCAACCAGAUCUGCCCACCGUCACCACCCCUCUACCACGGGCCACGUUUGCCUACGCUGAACCAAUUACCAUCAGAGGAGGACCCCAGACCUUUCCCACCCAUCAUGUGCCCACCACCGCCUCCCCAGUCACCCAGAGACAAGGACCCCAGACCUUCCCCACCUACCAUGUGCCCUCCCCAGUCACCCAGAGACAAGGACCCCACACCUUCCCCACCUACCAUGUCCCCUCCCCAGUCACCCAGAGACAAGGACCCCACACCUUCCCCACCUACCAUGUCCCCUCCCCAGUCACCCAGAGACAAGGACCCCAGACCUUCCCCACCCAUCAUGAGCCCUCCCCAGUCACCCAGAGACAAGGACCCCACACCUUCCCCACCUACCAUGUCCCCUCCCCAGUCACCCAGAGACAAGGACCCCACACCUUCCCCACCUACCAUGUCCCCUCCCCAGUCAUCCAGAGACAAGGACCCCAGACCUUCCCCACCCGUCAUGAGCCCUCCCCAGUCACCCAGAGACAAGGACCACAGACCUUCCCCACCCGUCAUGAGCCCUCACCUCCCCUCCCUGUCACAGCUCGACUCUCCGCGUCCCUUCAGUGUCUCCAGGAGCAGGUGAUCGCAAAGCUGCCCUACGCCCAGUUGGACUCCCUUGAGGUCAAAGACCGCAGUGAGGAGUGGACACCCAUCUCCAGCACCCCAGUGGACUGUGGAUACGUGGUCAAGAGGGUGGCAAGUUUUGCCGUCACUCUGGCGUCCCCUCUCCCUGCCUGCCACAGCUAUGCUCUGUCCCCUAUGACCCUCACCCUCUCACUGAGGUACCUCGAUGUAAAGCUGAACAAGUACAGGAUCCUGGAGCUGCAGUGUCCAAACCCCUCAGCAUUGGACACCCACUCUCUUCCAAUGCCGGCCACCAGCAGAACUGUCGUGCCCCAGCCCAGCCUCCCCGCUCCCCCCAAGUUCAGACUGUUCUGCUCCACUCACCAUAUGAGAGUGGAGCUCCCCCCUGGGCCCAUCUCUGGGAUUGUUGUUAAGGAUGUCAAAGACAGCAAGAUGAGCCUUACGGACGCCCCAAAGCACUGUGGGUAUUCAGCGAGCCAGCUGGAUGAUGGCCGUAUUAAUCUCUUUCUCCCCUUCAACUCUUGUCAUAUGACAGUUCAGGGUGAAAAACACAGGAUUCAUGUGGUUUACGUCACCCUGAACGGAAAAAAGAGAGGGGCCUGGCUGUCAUGUCCGGUCUCUGUAACCGUUCCUAGUCAAGAAUGCACAGCGGACCGCCACUUUGUGUUCUCUGUACCUGCUUCCUUCACGGACCCCCCUCUGUCUACUGGCCUUCUGGUUGCCGCCGGCGAUGACUCCUGCACCCCUCAAAGGGUGUCCCGAGACCACGCUGUGUUCAAGAUUCCUCUGGAGGGCUGCGGCACACACCGAUACGAGGUGGGCAACACUGUCGUCUACCUGCUGGAGGUCAUCCACAAGGCCAAGCUGAACCACGACAGCCAAACCAGAGACUCGGCGGUCAGGCUGAUGGUGGAGUGCAGGUACACACCUGGCUCUGGGAGUGUGGGCCACCUCCUCAAGAGCCCCACUCUGGGACCCUCCAUCCAGACCGAGGGGGUGUUUGGGGUCCAGCUGCGCAUCGCUACAGACGCUCAGUACACCAACUACUAUCCCCAGUAUCACCGGCCCCUGCAGAUGCUCCUGGGUAAACCCUUGUACCUGGAGGUGCGCGUGCUGAACCCACCUGACCCCAGUGUGCUGCUCCUGGUGCACUACUGCGUGGCCUACGACCGCUCUGGGCACUCCACCUGGGUCCUCCUCUACAAUGGGUGCCUCGUCUCCCAGCAGCCAGUCCCCCGGGACCACACACGCAGGUUCACCAUCGACACCUUCCAGUUCCUCUCCAAAAGCAAGGCCUCGGACACUGACGAGGAGAUCUACUUCAUGUGUUCGACCCAAGUGUGCUCGCCCGCUGACGGCCCGUGUGUCGAGGGAUGCUUCAGCCAUUAGCUUUCCAUUGAGAGACCCCAUCAUCAUUAUCAUCUGGGGGCAGACCUUCUUGAUAGACAUGCGGCUAAAGUAGCUGAAGCUUGCUUUACAAAUAACACAAUAAAUCCCUGAAUUUU